AUGGAAAGUGGGGAGGGAGCCUUAUGGAGGGAUGACCAUGUGUUCCAGCCCCCCAAAGAAGAGAAGGCAGAGGACAAGGAGCCAUUGCAUCUGACUACUCUGUCCCUUGGGCAGGAGACAUAGAGGACCUCUCAUCUCACCAAGCAAGGCAAGGAGCCAGAGUCUGUGAGGAGAGGCCUGGCCCCCUGCACCUGGCUACCCACCUCCCAGGAGCUGUGUGACCUGCUGCAGGGAGCAGAGCAGGAUCCCAUGGAGUCAGCCAGCCUGCCCCAGGCUGCCCAGCAGCUGGCCCCGGAGCCCCGCUCCAUCCACCUCUCAGCUGCCAGAGAUAAGAGGAAGAUUGCCUGUGUCCCCAUGCCCUACCUGGCUGCAGGUGCCAAGAGGCGCCUUCCAGCCAGCAGCAGCAGCCUGCCUCCCAAAAACCAGGGGCUGGGCAGCCAGAUGUCAGAGGCCCACGCCCCAUCAGGCCAGGUGUCCAUGGUCACCAGUACUGUGCCCCCCAAGCGCGUGGCCCGUGGCCCACCUGUGCAGAGUUCUCAGAAGCCCGUUCCUCCAAAAGACUGUGGGGUCAAAGUGCCCGCAGUCACCCAUCAAUGCCAUCUCAGCCUCUUUAUGGAUGAGGGUCUCAAGUUCUGUUCCUCCAGCCAGGAGGCCACAGGGAAGGAGCUGAAGGAGGAGAAGGCGGUCUACCACCAGAGCCCCACCAAGAGGAUGGGUCAGGAAGUGGCCGCCAACACUUUCCACAAGAUGCAGGGCCUGGAACCCGGCCCUGGAGCCAGUCUCCACAAGACCCGGGACAGCAGGGAUCCUUUGCAAGGGGCCGCCCUGUACCAGAGCCUCAAGGAGCACCUGCUAACCCAGGCCCAGCUCAAGGAGAAUGGAUACCCCUUUGCGCACCCCACACUGCCCAGGGGUGCUCUCCUCUUCACCACUCAGGAGAAGCAGCCCCAAGACUCCUCCUGCAGGCUGUGCUGCUGCUUUGGCACCCAGUACCUCAUGGCUCCCUCAGGCCGCUGUGUGCACCCGGAAGAAUGUCACUACCACUGGGGGCGGCUGCACCCCACUCCAGCGGCUGGGGGCUGGGAGAUUCAGUACACGUGCUGCUCGGCCCCCAUCAGCUCCCCUGGCUGCCAGGUGGCCCAGCAGCACGUGCAGGACUGCCGCCAGCAGGACCUGCAGGGCUUCGUGCAGACCUUGGCCAAAGAGCUGCCCCCAGGGGCUCACCCUGGCAUCUACGCCCUGGACUGUGAGAUGUGCUACACCACCUCUGGCCUGGAGCUGACUCUCAUCAGCGUGGUGGACAGCGCCCUGCGGCUGGUGUACGACACCUUCGUCAGGCCGGACGGCGACAUCGUCCACUACAACACCAGGUUUUCAGGAGUCACCGCAGCUGACCUGGCCCACACCAGCACCUCGCUCCGGGACGUCCAGGCCACCUUGCUGACGCUCUUCAAUGCCCACACCAUCCUCAUGGGACACAGCCUGCAGAGCGACCUGCUGGCUUUGAAGCUCAUUCACGGCACCGUGCUGGACACAUCUGUGCUCUUCCCGCACCGCCGGGGCCUCCCCUACAAGCGCUCCCUUCGCAACCUCACGGCUCACUUCCUCGGACACGUCAUCCAGGACAGGGUGGAUGGCCACAGCUCCAGCGAGGAUGCCAGUGCCUGCAUGCGCCUGGUCAUCUGGAAGAUGGGACAAGACGCCAAGACCGAGCGCUGA